GAUGAACCAAAGAGGAAAGGUUUGUUCCAGGAGGGAAACUUUCCAGAGUAUUGCUAUCCAAUUGGUGAGGACUUAUUCGUUUUGGCCAGCACGUAUAACAAGAAAUCAGCCAUUCAUAUACGAAGGUUUAACAGAUAUGGAGACUCAUACUAUCCUUCAGGAUAUGGUAUAACUCUACAGCCUGAACAGUAUAAUACUUGCUUCUGUCAUGGUCCACCGACAUGUAUCUUCGGCAUUGCAGACAUCAACAUGGCUUUGGAAGAGAUCCCUCCAGCUAAUCCCCGUGAAAAAUUUUAUGUGCUGAUGAAUGACGAGGGAAAGUAUCUGCUAGUGGACGAAUAUACCUGCAGAAGUGGCCGCGUAUACAAGCACGAGACGGAAAUCAGUUUCAAACAGUGGAGAGAACUACAGAAGUGUCGAGAUAGUGUGACAUUCGGCUAUAUUAAUUUAAAAUACAGGUCCGUGGACUUUUUGAACAUUUUUCAAGAAUCCACCCAUCAACAGUGUCCAGUGGUGCCAAAGAAUUCAGACAUCAACGAAGCGGGUCCUGUUAUGAAAGAUUGCCUGAAAAUUGCGUUGUAUAAACAUAUUGGACUGAAGAAAGGUCUGAAGCCAGUAGACAGGUCUGCUGACUUUCUUGACCAGAAGUUGUGUGCAGUGUUCACGAUUUCAAUGAAUCUUACUUGGACUUAGAUGUGGAGAAUAUUGCUCUGGAUUUUAAUAAUGAACUAAGUGAACGAAGGUUGUUUAGACAACCCCUUAAAGACUUCUUUGUGUGAAGCUUUUUUAAAAGAAAUUAAAUUAGAUGCUUUGUUAACUGCUGCUAAAUAUGAUUUUUGCAAUUAAAAUAACUUAAGUUUUAAAA